AAACCAGGAACCGUUUGAGCCAACUCAGGUCAAUAUUCAGCCAAUAGAAAUCACUCAACCAGUGGCAAACCUAGUUGAAACAGCCUUGAUCACGACUCAACCUGAACUCUUGGAUGUUGGCAUGCAUCUAAUCGAAACAGUAGAACCAUUAGCAAAAGCAUCAGCUUCCCCACCACCAGUAAUGGAGAUAAAUGAUCCUGUGAAAAGGAUGGAUGUUUUGGAAGUUGAGGUUCAAGCAAUUGAAGCAGUUCUACCAACAGAAAUAAAUGAGAUCCAAAAACAGAUUGAUCUUACUGAGGUUAGUAAUCAGCAAAUAGCUAUCAAAGAACCAGGGACACUUCUGGGUUCAACUGAAAGAGCUGUGAUGACUCAACCUGAACUCCUGGAUGUUGGCAUUAACACAAUCCAAACAGUACAACCAGAAGCAACAGCACCACCUUCUUCACAGGCAAUCACAGAGAGAAUUGAACUGGGGAAACAGAUGAACAUUUCAGAGCACGGAGUUCAAGCAGAGGAGGCAGAGGAACCUGUAAAUACAGUCCUUCCAGCACAAAGAGCUGAGAGCCCGAAACAGGUUGAACUUGCUGAGGUCAAUGUUCAGCAAACAGAAACUACAGAACCAGAAGCACAGUUAUUUUCAAAUGAAAAAGCUGUGAUCAUGACUCAUCCUGUACUGUUGGAUUUAGGUAUACAUGCAAUCGAAACAAUAGAACCAGAUCCAAAUGCAUCAGCUACCCCACAAGUAACAACUGACAUAACUGAAGACUUGAAAGACACCAAUUCAUCAAAUGUAGUAAUUCAUGUAGAAGAGGCAGUAGAAUAUGAAAUGCCUAUAAAUUCAACACAAAGGGCUGAGAGCCAGGAAAAGCCACAGCUAAUUGAAACGGAUGCUCAAGCAACAGAAGUAACAGAAACAGCUGUAAAUGUUGUGAUACCAGCUGUGAUAACAACUCCACCUGUACUGUUGGAUAAUGGUAUACACCCAACCACAACAGUAGAACUAGUGUCUAAUGUUCAGGCAAAAGAAACAAUGCAACCAGCAAGUCAAAUGGACGACAGAGAAGUGUUCCGAGGCGAACCAGUUCAGUCUGAAGAUUGUGAUCAAGAAACAAAAGCUAAUGUUAAUAAUACAGAGGAGGAGAAUGAUCAGGAUGUGUGGAUGGAUGCUGAGGAAGUCGUUUACAACCAAGAAGUAGCAGAGAAGUCCUCUUUAGAGAUCGAGGAGCCUGAGGAAGAGAUGGAGGCAGAGUGUGUGCAUGAGGAAGAGGCAAAACUUGAAGAAGUUGAAUUAGCAUCUUAUUCCAGAACAGAGGAAGAAGAAAGUCAACAGGAAGUAUACAACAGAGGAGAAACAUGUGAAAUUGAAAGUGAAGGUGAAGAUUUUGCUAUUGCACUUGAGCAUCAGGAAUAUGCAACUGCGAGCAUCACUACCUUGGAGUGGGAUUAAUUUCACUCAACUUGAGUAUCACUAACUGGUUGGACAAUCCAGAAGAAAUUCACUCAAGUGUGUAUGCUUCGACAAGCCAUUAAGAAGAUGACUGACUUUGGAAGAGAACUACAGGAAACAGCUUUUGUCGCUUUUAUUUGUCAAUGUUUAACCACAAUACGUUGGUAUUUAAUGGUGAAAAUGGUUUUGAAUUAUGGAAUUAUUUUGUAAUAAAUAUAAGGGGCGUGAUUAACAAGAAAGAUGUUGAUAGAGGAGCAUCAACUUUGAAGACUUUGUUGGCUAAAUAAUGGAGCUUUACUACUAUUCACGUCAUCUUUUCAAUCAUAAAUUAUAUUUGUGCAAAGAUAUAUCUUAAUCUUUUUUUGAAAAGGUUAAGAUAAUAAGGUCAUAUAUUUCAUCCCUUUUACUUCCAUUACAUUUCUGUAAGUGUUAAAUACAACUUUGCAGAACUAACCUGAAAUAUAUAAAUAUUUUUCAACACUUUGAAACAAGUGUAUCACAGCCUGUACUAUACAUCAUCUCUGUUUAUGAAAUAUUUGGUCAUUGGUAUAUCUUAAAUCUUUUCACUUAAAUACAUAUUCUCAUGUUAUCUUUGUCGGAAAACCAACAUGUAGACCGGAGUGCACUAGUGUAACUGUAUAUUAUCUUGUACAUAAUGACUGUUUUAAUGCUUAUUAAAAGCUGCACUUAUUUUGAAUCUGCAAACAUUUUUACUGACAACUGUCAAAAUAAGAGCAUAGCACAUCUUUGUUAUUAAUUAACCCAUUAUUUUACACAUUUUUAGAAACAUAAUCAGCAGAGCCGUAAACUUCAUGGCAUCAGUAAUUCCCCUGAUUGCUGUUUUUAUGUGAGCUUCAGCAAGCUUGCGUUGUCUUUGAUACAGUAAGCUACAUAAUGAAAGUGUUUGGUAAGAGAGAGAAAAUGGAAUGAGACUGAGAGGCUGUUUGUCUUCUUCCUAUAUUUUUGCUUACAUUCUGACUUUUAUGGAAACUUAUAUCUGAUCUGAUAUGUGUGUAUGUCUAUUAAUGACUAAAUGCAAAAAUAAACCCAUGUUUAUAUAUUUACAUAUACAGUAUAAUAUAGUGUUUUAUUUAAAUAAAUGAAUG